CGUCUUACUCCAAGCUCAAACCCAGUAGGGGCUGGGGCAGGUGAGUCGCUCGGGGGCAGAGAGCAGAGCAGGCGAGUUUGUAUUCUAGCUCCUGACUCCUUUUUCGCCAUGCCUGCAGGAGUACCUUGGCCUCGCUACCUGAAAGCACUGACUGCAAGUAUAUUGGCCAUGUUUGCUGGUGCAGAGGUUGUCCAUAGAUAUUACCGGCCUGAUCUAACAAUACCCGAAGUUCCUCCCAAACCUGGAGAACUCAGAACAGAACUCUUGGGUCUCAAGGAAAGAAACCAGCAGGUUCAGCCUUCACAACAGUGACUGUGCCAAGGGCCAUUGCAUCUCUCCAUAAGCUGCACUUUUAUUUAAAACUGAAUGUGUACAACUGGACAAUGGUUUCUGGCCACAAGUACAGUUAUUUGGUGCCUAUGGGUUUUUUUAAAGAGUUCAGUUAUUGUGACCUUUAUUUGGACUGAGAUCUUCAGAUAAUGUAAUCACUGCAAUGGUUUAAUUAAAUGUGAAUAUAUUUUCUGAUUAUUUUCUCAAAA